AUGGCGUAUGGCCCAGUGGGUGGUCUCGUGUUUCCGGGCGGGGACACUUGGACGGAAGACGCCAAUAUCGGAGAUGUAGACCUGUUCUUGCACCCAUCCCUGCCAGGAUCAUCGACAUCACACCAAGUCAAGGAAGAGCUACCGAGCGGUCCACACAUCAGUAUAUAUGUACAAGUAUUUGAAGAGAUGCUUAGCACUGUUCUUCAACUCGAAGCUCAUUUAUUUGAUGAGGCAGAAAUCCUCUUCUUCGAAAGGUUCGCCAACCUAUCUUAUAAUGCACGCUUUCUAAUGGUUAGACUACUGCUCAGAAAGCCAGAUACGUGGCACCGUCUAGAUAGCCUGAAGUACCAGCAUGAAUUGGGCGGACACGAAGCCAUAAUCGCUGCUGUGGACGAGAUCUGUCAGAAUCAACUUCGCUCCCCGGAUACAAUGCAAGACAUGAGCGCAACACGCGAAAUUAUCGACCUAACGGUGGAGUGCGAGCAUGGCGAAACUGCGGAGUCGACUAUGGAUGUCAGUAAAUCCGUCGUUCUGGCCGAAGAUGAGAACCAGAUGGAUUUGGAGGCUCUUCUGAAUUGUCUUAAAGCCGACGAGCUCAAAACUAUUGCAAGGCAGCUGCUGCUGAAGCCAAAGGGAAAGGGAAAGAAGCAAGAGCUCAUUGCUAGUGUGCUUCGCGCUGCUUCUUCACAGCCGACGCUUACAUUUGUGCCAACACCUAACGGGAGUCAUGGCAUAAAGUCAACUGCGUUGGCGCAGACUCCGCUUCCCUUCGAAAAACCAAAAACAAGAUCUCAACUGGAACGACUGCGAACUAUGGUCUUUCGCAUCCUUGUGAAAUGUGUGAGAGUCCACAAUGCUUUCUACGGUCUCGUUCGACGAGCCAAUCUAAUCUUUUUCCGCCUCACGCAAUAUAAUCCAGAUCUUCUAGUUACGGCUCUGUUACCCCGUUUCAAAAAGCGGUCAUACUCUAGUUAUGAAUACGCCCGCUCGAAAGACAUCUGGAAGACGCGUGAAGCAUUGCUUGAAUACGAAGAGAUUCUUAUCCUUGAAGGUCGGAUUGAUGCAAUCUUCGGAGGACAAGUGUUUCCUGAGGCCCAGGCGCAUCCGGCCUCGCGUUCGCAGACCCCAAAGGCAUCUGAAGGCAUCAUCAGUAGUGUAAAGAAGAGAGAUUACGCAGCUUCGGUGGGCGAGGGUCCGGCUCCUGAAAGGAAGCUUGAAAGUGCUCGACUACAGAGGGCACGUCUAGUGAAAGAAAUAUUUGAAAAAGUUUAUCCGCGUUGGCAAGACGCCUUACGUGCCAACAUUGAAGAAGAAAGGAGUUAUGGCUUACAGCGCUUCGAAAGUGGACAUGUCUUCACGCGGAUGGUUUGCAAAGGUUCGUCUGCCCUUGGUAUUCUUGGGGAAUAUCAGCGAGAACUUGAGGUGUUGGAGGCCCUAUUGGCGCAAAGACGAUGGCACAGAGGACGGCGUGGAGGUUGGCAUGAAAGGAGAGCAUUGAUACUGUCCACCCACUUCCCAAAGAGUCGGGACACCGCAGAGCGCGCUCUGACUGCUGUGAUUGAUGCGUUGGAAGAUCCCGAUACUCAUUUAGUUUACCGACCGAAGCUCCAACGUCGUUUGCGGAGGCUGGAAGUUUUUUUGAAGCUUCCCCCGGGGGAUCGGUUCACCUCUAACGUAAGACUUGAAAGUGCAAAGGAAGUUAUAUUCGAAGCCACCAGAAUUCGGAACCAGUCCGCCGACGCAAGACUUGACAAGACCCGCCAGAACCGCAAUACCCCACCUCGGCUAAAUCAUACCCUCGCACAAUACUUUGAAAGGAUUGCAACGCCAGCAGCUAAUGGGUCAAGUGAAACUGCAACGGUGUUGUCUGCACCUGAGUCUUCUAAAGAACGAAAUGGAAAGUCGAGGUGGGAAGGUCGCAACGGCGAAGAGCUCACUGUCGAGGCACUUGUCCUUCAAUGGUACGAAGAACAAGGGUAUAAAGGUGUACAUUGCGAGACGCGAAUUAUCGCGAUGAUUUUUGGCAUCUUGUUCUGGGACAUAAUCUUUGCGCCUAUUCCAGGGGCUUUCGAAACUCCAUAUCAGGCUGCACCCCUGGACAUUGCAGAAGACUCAUUUUUUUACUCUCGACAGGAGCUCAUGGAGAAACGUCUAUCCGAAAUUCAAGACGGGGAAGCUGCUAACAUCAUUCGACGGGUUGAUGCUAUACAUAGAACGAGUGAGACAUGGUGUGUGGGUGUUCAGUGGGACCUGGCCAGUGGUGAAGACCUGAUAGAUAUAGCGACGUGUAUCGGAGGGGAAGCUUUGUCAUUGAUGUGUCGCGUUCUCUGCGAAGAUUACGCUGCGCGACAGUCUGGAGGACCAGACUUGUUCCUCUGGAAUGCCGAGCAGCGUAUAUGUAAGUUUGUGGAGCACUCAAUGUGGAUUCUUAAGGUUUGGAUCGAUGCAUUGCUCAGGGCUUCGGUACCCGUAGAGAUUUGCCGUGUAGUGGAGAAGGACUGUGAUGCCGUGAAGAACCCCAGCACCAGGGCAAGAGGGCGCCGCAACCUAAAGCGGAAGAGAGCUGUCGAUUGCGAGAGCUCUCAAGACGAGGGGGAAGUCGACACCCCACUAACAGUCCCCCGAUUUUUUUGCAAUUUCGGUCGAUCUUGCAUAGCAGAAUCCGAUUCUACCUCGGCUGUUGUUGAGCCUCACGACACGAAACACCAGCAACCUAGCGUGCCGGAAUGCAAGCUCACUUCAUCAACCAAUCGUAGGGAAGCUACACCUCCCACAAAACGAUUGAAGGUCCACGACAUUUGA